GAAGCAAGUAGUUUCGUUUCCUAGGAAUCUGGAAAGGAGGGGCACUGCAAGUACAUAAGCUGAGUGUCUCCAGCACUGCACACAGCAGAAGCAAGAAACAGGCUGGUACUCUACAAGCAAAAGAGGGGAACAAACAAAAUAGCUCUGACCGAGAAUGAAUUCUAUAACUUGGUAUGAAGAAUUUGAUAAUGAGAUAGAUGAAGCUGAGGUUCCUGGCAGAUGGAAUUUAGUUGUGGAUGAAGACCUUCUGAAACAGGCUAAUGCUAGAUACUUUGACCAGAAAACGUUUGGCAGCUUUUGCUGCUUACGUUGUAAUCGCACAUGGUUCUCAUCAAAAGUAUUUAUAUUGUUCCGUAUGAAACGUGGGGAGGUGACAAUGAGGAUUUUCAAACAGGAAUGUCAGAAAUGCAAACGUCCAAAAAUGCAGGAGCCUUCAAUAUCAGAUGAAAAUGUAAAAAUUGUCAUCAGCAAUGUGGUCAAUCAUAUCCAAAGGGUAUUUUAUGGGGAAGAAAGGGUGAAUGAUGACCGUCCACCAAACAUUCAUAACAAGCUGGAUGGCCCACAUGAUGAAGCGCACUGUGAGGCUUGCAAAUACAAUCUGUGUGAUAGGCAGACUAAGGGUGCCAAUGCGUCUUCAAUGGCUGUCGGCCGAUCAGUAGUUCAACCGACAGCUAUCUCACCUUCUCCAUACACAGGCACGCUCUGUGUGGCCAACCGUGCAUCUGUUUUCAAUGGCGAGAGUGAAGAAAGUCUCUACCAGACACCUCUGACUGUAGAAAAAUACAAUUCACGUUAUCCUUCUCCUCCCCGAUGUUAUGAGAGUGAGGAGUUUCCCACACACUCUAGAUUGUCGACUGGGUCCAGACGACAAGACAGUCAUGUGUAUGAUGAGGAUCAUGAGUCCACACAAGAAACAACAUCAUCUCGUUGGUUACCUGCUCUUGCUGUGGGUGUUGGUGCAUUAGCACUACUGGCAUUUUCAAUGCAUAAAACAAAAGAAAACAAGAGAGGAGGUUUCUAGAGCAUUAACCUAUUUACAAGGAGCAGGAAAAGG